AUGCCCUUGGAGAUAUCUGGGAUCAAAGUCUCUCUCUGCUUGAGCGAGAGCAAGCAAGAGAUCCCGGUAUUCCAACCGGAGAGAAUGAACGCGGGUCUCAUCUCGGGAUUCGUUCCCAGCGAAGCUGGUCAGGCGUUCCAUGUCACGCUGGUAAAUGGACUCCUCUCCGGCGAGAGUGUGGUGUACACCACGUACAUCGACGGCCGCAAGAUGCAAUGCUUCUCCGUGCAGCCCUCCGUGGUGUCAGACAUGAAGGGCGUGUACGGCCCUUCAGGGGUGCGCCCUUUUGUAUUCUCGCAGUUGCAGCUGAAGGAGGACGACGGCGAAGCUCCCGCUUUCGAUAUCUCGAAGCUGGGCGUGAUCGAGGUCCAAGUCUGUCGGGCUAUCACUACCCACGACGGACAGAAUCCGUAUAAUCGCAAGGACCGUGACGUACAGAGCAGCCUGGGUCCUGUAUCCGAGAAGGCGAAGAAGGUCGGCUGGCAUAGUGUUUCUCUAGGUGCCGCUCAGCCCACUCACCCGCGAAGACGGGUCAAUGCUACAUACAUCGAUCCACUUGCGAGACCAUAUGCCGUCUUUCGUUUCCGCUACAAGCCACGAGAGCUUCUUGAGGACGAAGGCAUUGCUCCGCGCACUGAAAGGCCCACACAGCCGUCUACCGGCGAGAAGCGACCCCGUCCUGAAGACGAAGCGGAUUUGCGUCCCGCUGCGAAACGACAGGCUACUGAGAAUGUCAAGCCUGAGCCAAGAGAAGCUUCUGUCGGCGGCUCGCAACCUAAGACGCCGAAGGUCGAGGGCGCUAAGAAGGUCAAGCGUGAGCGCGUUCCCGGCGAGGUCGUUGAUCUCACCAAUCGCGCACCCUCACCUAUUCGUGUACCCGUCAGAGGGGAGGUAAUAGACCUUUCCGAUGACUGA